AUGCAACAAGAUCGCCAUGCAGAGCUGAUCGCUUAUCUGGAUCUCGCCAUGAAGCCUGGAAAGGGUGAAACUGGUGUGGUUGACUUUUCUGUUGAGCUCUUCAGGCUUCUGGGCUAUGUUCAUCGAGAACGACUGGCACGGAGACGGGCAGACCUCCCACUUCUUAUCUGUGGCGAAAACAGACAUGCAAAGACCGAUGUCUGUGUCGUCGAUGGCACUCAGAAUGAUAUUCUUCUCCUUGUCCAGGAGGACAAGAUGUUAGCGCUCCGUAAGCCUGUCAAUGCACGUGCUCAGCUUGUAGCAGCGGCAAUUGCAGCCUUCAAUGAGAAUAAUGCACAAAGGGGAGCGAUUGGAUUCCCUCCUCUAGCAGAAAAGAGUAUACACUUCUCAGGUCAUGCCUGUCAUUGUCAUGGUCGGCACAUCCCCUUCAUUCUUCAAAAUUCCUGUCACCCAAACUCUGUCAACUCAUAUUCGUUAUGGAACCUAUCCUGA